CUGCGUGGCAUUUUCUCAAACAAAUAAUUUGACGUGUUUGACGAAGACGGAAAGAAAACGAUAGCACUUCCAACGUAACAAGAAUUAAAAGCUAUACUGGGAUAGUUGGAGAGCAGCGGUGGAGCUGUGGAUACACGAGAAAAAAGGGAAACAAAAACAAUAAGAAAUUCCAGCAUUGCAUUGUAUUAACAAUUAAAAAAGCGUGAAAUUGCAAUUGAAUCGAAUAGUGCAGACCACCAUGGCCAUUAAACCAAUCAACUUGGGACGUAAGAACACAAAUAAAAACCCACCCAUAUUAAGCCAUGAAUUUGUUAUACAAAACCAUGCCGACAUCAUCUCAUGUGUGGCCAUGAUCUUCGUCUUGGGUUUGAUGGACGAGACAACUGCCCCCUUUGCCAGCGCCUUCAUAUCGUUGCACCACAAUGUGAGUGGCGAGGAGCCGACACGUGAACAGCCCUUGGGCAAAGCUUUCACCUAUGUGGCAGGUAUUAAGGAUUAUUGUGCCGUCUUCUUCUACACCCUUACGUGCAUCAUCAUGCAUGCCAUCAUUCAGGAAUUUGUUUUGGACAAAAUCUCCCGCAAGUUGCACUUGUCCAAAUACAAGCUAUCGCUGUUCAAUGAGAGCGGCCAGUUGGUGGUGUUCUAUGUGAUGUCUUUCCUGUGGGGAGCCAAUGUGAUGCUGAAGGAGGGCUAUUUGAGCAAAUUCUCUUUGCUGUGGGACGACUAUCCCAACCAUCCCAUGUCAUUCCUGCACAAGUUCUAUUUCAUCAUACAAUUGGCCUACUAUCUGCACAUGCUGCCUGAAUUGUAUUUCCAGAAGGUCAAGAAGGAGGAUCAACAGCCCAAGAUUAUACAUUCCGUGUGUGGUUUCUCCAUCAUCUGUUUGGCCUAUACUUUUGGCUUCCAGCGCAUUGCCUUGGUGAUAUUGACCUUGCACUAUUUGUCCGAGACCUUUGCCCAUAUCUUCCAGUUGAUUGGCGUCUUCGAUCGUGAUGAGAAAAUGGCCAGUGUACGCAUUGUCAACAAUGCGGUCUUUGUCUUUGUGCGCUUCACCUCCAUGGUCAUUGGUGUUUUGGCUUUGUACUAUGGUGUCAUUGCCAGUUCUGCCAGCAAAUUGAGAGGUUAUUUGGGACUGUUUGCCCUUUUGGGUUUGCAGUGCUAUUUCAUUUUCUCCUUCAUCACCGAACAAUUGAAGGCCACGCGUGAGGCUAAGCAGCAAACCAAACCAGCGGCCACACAAAAGAAGAAGACACCCAAGGAGAAGACGAAACGUAGCAAGCGUGAGUCCGAUUUACCUGAAGCUGAUCAAUCGCCCAGCGCUCCUGCCAAUAAGGUGAAGACUAAGUAAGCGACAGAGAGAAAGAUAAGUAACAAGCCGGCCACUAGUAAUACUUUUAACAUAGAAGAAGAAGAAAAAGAGGCACAACUCAAUAAAGCGAUGACAACACCAUAAGAAGGAAAACUACAAGACACGAAACAGUUCAAAUGAUGACCAUUUUUAUUGUAAUAAUGGCAAAGCUUUUUUCCACCAACAAUUUUACAAUUUUGCUCAACCAACAGCAUUUGAAAAUGACCCUCCAUUCCCUGCCACCCUCCCCCCCCCCCCACACAAUGCAACACGCUUCGAUUGUGCCGAAUUUUAUUUUCGUGCACUUAGUCUAAUACACAACUGUAAGAAUUCCUCCUUACUUUUUAAAGUAAGGACUCUCAGCAAGUCUGGCAAGCAAGAGCAUUUAAGGCAAUUUUCGAUUUAAUUUUUUUUUACACAAGAAAAUCAAACAAAAAAAAACAAACAAUACAAACAGUUGAGAAGAGCAAGAAAUCUUAUUUUUAAUAUGUAUGUAAAUUGUUAAACUAUUUUUAAACUUAAACAAACAAGAAAAAAAAACGAAAAACAAAAACAACUUCCAAACAUUCUAACAUCAACACGUACAUGCUCACACACACACAAACAAAACGACUUUAAUUUAUACAAAAAAAAAAAAAAACAGAAAACUUAAAAAUAAAAAUCAAAAUAUUGUAUUUUUUUAUAUUAAAUUUAUUGUAAAAACAGACUUUUUUUUCAUUUUUUUGUUUGCAGAUAAUUUGAUUGAAGAUGGAGUUUUUUUCCUUUUUUCGUUUUUUUUUUUACAAAUAUUUUUUUUAUUACAAAUCUAUAAAAAGUAUAUAUUUUUAUAUAAGCUUAAAAAAGUGAAAAAUAAAAUUUUCUUUUCAUUGUGUCUAUGUUAGGUAUAUAUAUUUCUUUAAAAACAAACUUUUUUUGUUGAUGAAAAUUUUCCUACGAGUUUAACUUGGCUGAAAUUUUGCGCGCGCAUUAAAAAAAUCUUUGAAUAUUAAUUUAAAAAUAAAAUAUUUUUUUAUAUAAAACACUUAA